CGCGAAUGCUUGUAUGGGCACACGCACUCGGGGUUGCGCCUUCAGCGUAGUUCUCUCAGUCUAUAUAUAUACAGUAUAUAUAUCUGCCGGGUUACUAUAAAUGGAGAGGAGCGCCUUGGUGGUGCAACUACUUCAGAACGGGGGUUGCUUCGUGUGUCAGGUUUGACUAAAAUGUUUUUAGUUGUGCAAACAUCAGCUGCGGUCGUCCAUUUCUGUAAAUAAGUAAACCAAACUGAUCAUCUAUUCGGUACUGCUCUAUGGCACACCAGAUAGCCCGCCAGUUAAAGCGUUUAAACAUUUAUGCGCGAGAGCUGCGUCAACUAAGCUCCCUCCUCUCCAGAGUCCAUGUCUCCUGUUCCCCCCCGCGUUAGGAUUGCUCUUGGAACAUUCCCCAUCGCAGGGUGUGGAUCCAGAGCCGGCCAGAGAGAACAGCUAACAGGGAGAGAAUUCAGGGAAAGCAGCGAAUAUGAUGUAAAGCUGGUCGAGAAGGAAACACUCGGAGGAGGAAAAAAAUCCAGCGCGAGAAAGGGAUUGAAGGGCAACAAGCGAAGUGAUAAGGACAAGCAGUGGAGGGCAGUUGACUGAGCCUCAGACGGAAGCUAUCUCAACACCGGCUGGCAGAGAAUAGACUGCAGAGGCUGUGCGGGAUGGAAGCCGCAAGACUGAACAUCGCAAGCCUUUCUUUAUCCUGAACCAAGGAACUGGGAGUUUUGUAUAUCUGGAGUAGCAUCGUUUCUGCGGGGAUCACUGAACAUAGCCAGUCAUCGGGAAGACGUGCAAUAGCGGCCUUUUGCGAGCAAUAGCCAACAACUGUAUAUGCAUUGAGACGGUGACGGGGAAUACAAGCAUAAGGAAUGCGGUCCUGUCUUUUUCAAGCUGAAGCGAAACCGACCAAAAUAUCGAAGGCAUAAAUAUGGAAUAUCCCGUUUUCAGACGUGUGGAUUUCUUUUGUAAAUAUUACCCAAAUGCAACGCAUGGCUAGCUCAGCUAGCUAAAGCAAAUAGCUUAGACCAAACUGAGUUGAAAGGGGCGUACAGUUUGUAGCUACGUUUAAAGGCACAUCAUAAUCAAUGCAAAACAAAAAUGGGAGGCUAUCUCUUUUAAGCUUACUCAACCGCAGGUGCAUUAACGUUUAGAUUUUCGCUUUUUAUGGGUUGCUACCCCUUAACAUUUGAGACAUUUAAAAGCAGUUUUACUUUGGUGCCUGGGAUUACAGUCGCACUAUAGCACUUUGCAUAUUGUGUUUUGUGUGCACGUGUAGGUUUCCUGUUCCUGCGCACGAAAAUAUUUAUCACAAUAGUCAAUAUUUACCUUACCGUCACCUGUGUUUUGAUCUCCCUCCUACGACCAGUCAAAGUGUAAGGUCGCUAUAGUGGACAUCUGCGGACUUGAGCUAGUUCCGGAAAAAGUGGAGUUCGUGAUCGUGUUUUUUUUAUGUGUACGUGUGUGGCAGACAGGGUUAAUUAGAAAACAUCGCUAGUUUAAGAGGUAGAUAGAAACUUUUCUCUCUUCCCCUGGAUCGCUAGUCGGAAUACGAGGACUGAGGCGAAACCGAAAGGCUGGGAAGAAUAGCACUAUCGUUAGUUACUACUACCAGUUUGGUUUUUUGACAGAUUUGUUUCCCUUAGGAUACCUAGAGGGAAUCUAAGCGCCGCUAUUGCUAUUUUUAGGGAGAGUGAUGGGGUAAAUGGUGUUAGCCUGAAAUUGAGACCCUCCUCCCAGCCUACCAGCACUUCCAGGUUUAGCUCCGUUUCCCGUGUCAGCUGCUGAAUUGUCCGGACUGUACAACCAAGAGAGAGUCCCUUUUCUCUGCCAGCAAGCUCUCCUCCCUCGCCUAUGACUUAACUGGAAGCUGACUUUUCUGCUUUUCGUUUUUUUCUUUGUGGAACGAACUUUUGGACAUCGCGGGACAAUGCAUGGACCAUGAAAACAGUCGUGCUUUAGGAGUAAACUCAAGUAACCAAAUAAUUUCAUCCGUAUAUACACACAAAGCAUAUAUCUUACAGAAAUAUAUCUAAAAAUAUAUAAGAAAUAUAUUAAAUAAGUAUAUUAUAUUUUUACGUCUGAAUUAAGCAUCGUUGCCUGAUACCCAAUUCAUUGCCUUAGAGAUAGUUAAAUAGUAAUAAAGGGAAAACAGAGGACAGAAGUGGACCUUUUUUGGAAACAAGUUUAUGGUGCCUUUUUCUUUUAUCAGUUCCUUCUGUCUCUUGCUUCAGGAUUGUCUCACUUAUUAAGAAAUAUUUUUGUGCGAGGAACCCAAAUCAGAACUAUAUGUCUAUCUGCCUUUCCAUUGUUGGAUGUAUGUUGCUGGAUCACCGAGUUAAUGAAGAUUUCAGUCAAGGAUUACCAUUACUUGAUGCAUACCCUACUUUUUCCAAAGUAAGAUUUGGGUAGCGCAGCCGGUGACGUUUAUUUGACCCAGUUCUUUUUUUUUGGGGAUACCACGACCCAACACACAAGAGUUUCCGAUGGUGAUCACUUCGGCAGUGGAGGAGAAGCCGCAGCCUUCUAACAGAAUGGUUGCGAACUUACCGACCGAAUCCUGGAUUGGCAACCCAGAUCAAAGUCGCUACCUGCCGCAGUCCCACCUGCUCCGGAAGCCGUCAAAAAGUGGAAGCAGCUCAGGAUGCAAGCCCCCCUCCUCCUCCCUCUGCCAGCCUGCUGCCUUGGGCUUCUCCCCCGCUGAGCCAACCAUGUCGAGCCAGCACAGCCACCCCUCCUUCAGUAACAUCCACUCCAUGGCCGAGCAGCAGCAGGUGCUGUCAGAUAUGACCAUACUGCAGAGGAGGAUCCCCCCGAGCUUUCGAGAUCCUGCCAGCGCUCCGCUCCGAAAACUCUCCGUCGAUCUCAUCAAGACUUACAAGCACAUCAAUGAGGUGUACUACACGAAGAAGAAGCGGCGUGCCCAGCAGGUUCCCCCCGAGGACUCCAGCACCAAGAAGGAGCGCAAGGUCUACAACGACGGCUACGACGACGACAACUACGACUACAUCGUCAAGAACGGGGAGAAGUGGCUGGACCGCUACGAGAUCGACUCGCUCAUCGGCAAGGGCUCCUUCGGACAGGUGGUGAAAGCGUAUGACCACCACGAGCAGGAGUGGGUGGCCAUCAAGAUCAUCAAGAACAAGAAAGCCUUCCUGAACCAGGCCCAGAUCGAGCUGCGCCUGCUGGAGCUUAUGAACAAACACGACACUGAGAUGAAGUACUACAUUGUCCACCUGAAGAGGCACUUCAUGUUCCGCAACCACCUGUGCCUGGUGUUCGAGCUUCUCUCCUACAACCUGUACGACCUCCUGCGCAACACCAACUUCCGCGGCGUGUCGCUCAACCUGACGCGCAAGUUCGCCCAGCAGCUGUGCACGGCGCUGCUCUUCCUGGCCACGCCCGAGCUCAGCAUCAUCCACUGCGACCUCAAGCCCGAGAACAUCCUGCUCUGCAACCCCAAGCGCAGCGCCAUCAAGAUCGUCGACUUCGGCAGCUCCUGCCAGCUGGGCCAGCGGAUCUACCAGUACAUCCAGAGCCGGUUCUACCGCUCGCCGGAGGUGCUGCUGGGGAUGCCCUAUGACCUGGCCAUAGACAUGUGGUCGCUCGGCUGCAUUCUGGUGGAGAUGCAUACGGGGGAGCCCCUGUUCAGCGGCUCCAACGAGGUGGAUCAGAUGAAUAAGAUCGUGGAGGUUUUGGGGGUCCCGCCCAACCACAUGCUGGACCAGGCCCCCAAAGCCCGCAAAUACUUCGACAAGCUGUCCGACGGGCUCUGGACCGUCAAGAAGAACAAGGACAUAAAGAAGGUACUUUAUCCCUCGGCCUCUGAGUACAAGCCCCCGGCCACGCGUCGGCUCCACGAGAUCCUGGGCGUGGAGACUGGGGGCCCCGGGGGGCGGCGGGCCGGGGAGCAAGGCCACGCCCCCUGCGACUACCUGAAGUUCAAGGACCUGAUCCUGCGCAUGCUGGACUACGACCCCAAGACCCGCAUCACGCCCUUCUACGCGCUGCAGCACAACUUCUUCAAGAAGACCACGGACGAGGGCACCAACACCAGCAGCUCCACCUCCACCAGCCCCGCCAUGGACCACAGCCACUCCACCUCCACCACCAGCUCCGUCUCCAGCUCGGGUGGGUCUAGCGGUUCUUCCAACGACAACCGAAAUUACCGGUACAGCAACCGAUACUACAACAGUGCAGUCACUCACACCGACUACGAGAUGCAGAGUCCACAGGCUCCCUCCCAGCAGCAGCUGCGCCUCUGGCCGGGAGGGGAGGGCGGGGUGGGGCCCCUGUCCAACAGCGGCGACCCCGCCUACCCCCAGCUGCUGCUGCACAAGCCGGCCGCCACCCAGCACUCGCGCCACUUCCUGUCCGGGGUGGGCGUCGGGGGCAUGAUGGAGCCGCACCACCCCCACCCCAUCUACGGCGGUCACCACGGCAACGGGCGGCAGCUCCGGCAGCAGCAGCAGCAGCAGCAGCAGCAGCAGCAGAACCAGCCGCAGGGGCAGCAGCCGCAGCCGGGGCCGCAGCUGAUGCCCGUCACGUCCCCGCAGAUGCAGGACAGCAUCGAGCUGAGCCUCACCCACCACCACCACCUGGGCCAGUCUUCCAUCAUGCCCCCCCCCAGCUUGGACUCCAGCCAGUACGGCUCCUCCAGCCUGCACCUGGGCCUCUCUGCCUUUCGGACUAGGACAGUCAUGGCCCCCCAGCCCCCGCCCCCGCCGCCCCCCACGGCCUCCCAGCAACAGUUGCCCCAGCCCCCCCCCUCUCAGGACAGCAUGGUAGCUGCCUCCGGGCUGGGGUACAUCCCUCCCUGUUACCCUGGCAACAACAAUAACAACCCGCCCCAGGGAAGCGUUGGGGUGGGGGGCAGUAUGUUAACCGGGGGCGUCCCGCCCAGGGGAGUAGGGGGCGGGGGUAGGCCCGAUUCCGAGGAGUCGGCCAUGAUGGGGGUUUGCGGUAGCGGAGGGGGGGGUGGGCAGAACGCGGCCAACUCUUGAUAAAUCUUGAACAAAUUCCAAAAGCCAUACAAAAUUUUAAAGUAACAUGACAACAACUACACCGACAACUGACAUCACACGCAGACAGACACGCACGCACGCACACACACACACACACACACACACACACCUGUGCGCACGACACGCUCAAACACACACAUGCACACACACACAGACACUCGGAUAUACAGAGACAAACUUGUGAAAUAUCAGAGGAGGUUUUUGCUUUGCAUGGGGAGAGGGUUGAGGGAGGGUUUACGGGGGGAGGCUUGAAACCAUUUUUCUUUUCUGUUUCUUUUUUCCUUUUUCUUUAUUUGAAGGGGAGGAGAACGGGGGGCUUAAGUAGUCGAAAACCAGAAAGUUUCAGAAAGUUUGUUUUUAUUAUUAUUAUUAUUAUUAUUAUUAUUAUUAUUUGAUUUUAUGUGAUUUCAGAACAGGUUUGCAGCGAGAUUGGUGGUUUGUUGUUGUUUGGGGUUGUAUUUGGAAAUUGGAAGCGGUGGCGGGACAGGACAGGAUUGGAAAGUGUUUUGGGAUGUGAAGAGAGGACAGCGGAGGAGCGAGGGAAUGCCCUAUGCUUUUUUUCUUUCGUUUUUUAAAUCUCUUUUUUUAUUUUGUUUUUUCUGAAGUCUAGGCGUAUAAUUGUAAAUUGUUAAUUUAUUAAAAGUCACUACAAUGAGGAGGUAAAUGUGGGGAUGGGAGAGAAUGAAAAUGAACAGUAUGCUUUUUCUGGGUUUGUUGCUUUAUUUAUUCAGUGUUUUAUUUUUUAUUUUUGUUUUAUUUAUUUUUUGUUUGUUUUUGUUUUUUUACUUUCCUGAGGGACAAACGACACCUUAUUACAUACACAAGACAGACAAAACAAAAUGGGUUUCUGUAUUUAUUUUUUAUUUUAUUUUUUUCCGUUUUGGUCGAUUUUUCUCAUACUUUUGUUACAUUUUUUUAAUGUUUCAAAUCUUCUCUCGCUUGACAACACUGGCUUAUAUUUCAAACUAUGAAUACAAAUCAAAUAAAAUGAGGAAAAAGUAGUCGCCACACGGUGGGGAAAAAAACACACAAGGAGGGGGAGGCUAAAACACUUCGCCGAUAUGAGCCGCUUUUUAAGGAGAGGGGGAAUAAGACAAAACGACACAAAGGAGGAAAAAAUACAAGAAAACGACGAAAAAUGAAAACAUUUUGCCUGAAGGAAAAACCAAAAUGCUUCCCUGUUGUUUGUUUAAAAUAAUAGUCUGCCUUCUGUUUCACCAUCUCACCACCUGACUCUUUCGUUUCGGACGGAAAUCUACAACAACGACAACAAAAAAAGUAACACAAAAACAACGACAACAAAAAAAACACAUUGUGGGUUGGAUUAACUCUGGAUACGCUAAGCCAAAUCUUGCUCACGAUUUCUGUUGCUGCCCCUUUUUCUGUUGUACGGAAGAGAGGGGGGGUGGUCAUCAAUAUUUAGCAGGAGGGAGGGGUUCAGUAGAUUGAGGGGACAGUUUAAUGCCCUCCGACCCCUACCCCGCCCCCUCUCACUCUGACUUCACCUUUUACCACUCCUCCUCCUCCCUCUUUUCUUUCUCCUCUCCUCCCCUGCCCUCCUUCACAACACUCUGUGAGUGCUGUUUGCCAUCGAGUCAAAAAAAAAAAGAAAGAAAAAAAAGAAACUACUCUCUCGGCUGCUAUCUCCACUUUCAACCAUGUUCGGAUUGCUGCUAAAGAAAAA